AGUGCCGCGCGCUCCCAGUUCACAAUGUACCGUUGCCGAUCGCAGAUCGCGUGGUGUGUAGCGAGUGCGUCGUUCACGUUGGCCUAGGACGCACGUGAAGGGUAUCGUGUAUCGUGUGAAACACCCAAGUACGAAAAGUGAACCAACCUUUGGAAAGCCCAAUCCACCGGUGAGAUGGUGACAGGAAGUGAACGUCGCAUCUAGUGUCAUCCGAGUGUAGCGAGUUACUUAGAACCACACAUAGUACCAUUACAUUCACCUUUGAGAAGCGGGCGCAUCUCCAGCGCCAACCGGACCUGCUGAAAGAAACCUUCCCUGCCCACCAGGGGCCAAACAGUGGAGCUACUAGCGGUGCUUGGAUUAAUUAUCAAUAUUCACGAUGAAUAACAAUGAAACGGUGCCGACGAUAGUGGACGUGGAGAAGGGACAGCCGGAACAUGAGGUGGCGCGGCAGCGGCAAACGGCGGCGACCACAGCGGUUACGCAUGCCAACGGCGGUGAUGGAGGAGCGACCGAGCGAUCCAGCGAUUUCAGCAGUAAGCGACCGACCGUCGGACGGCUAGUGUUGCUGUACGUGCUUCAGUUCACCAGCGUCGGUGCAUCGAUCGCGGCCGUUGUGCUCAUCUGGUACUACAUGGGUUGGGAGUUUGGAUUACCGGCGCUCCUGAUCACGCUAGCCGCGGUCUUCAUCGCGAGCGGCUGGUGGCGAUGGUGGUACAUUGCGUUCGUGACCGCACCGCGCGAUAUCAAAGCACUGACGAGGUACAUUAAGCUGCUUCGAUUGGUGAAGCGACACGCGAAGAAUAAUGCCACGAUCGGCGACAUCUUCUCGGAGUUCGUUUCGAAGCAACCGGAGAAGACGUGCCUGGUGUGCGAAGGUCGUUCCUGGACGUUCCGCGAGGUGAACGAUUAUGCGAACCGCCUAGCGAACGUGUUCCACUCGCACGGCUACAAACAUGGCGAUGUGGUUGGGUUGCUGCAGGAGAACCGUCCCGAGUUUGUGGCGACCUGGUUAGGACUGUCGAAGCUGGGCGUGAUCGUACCACUGAUCAAUCACAACCUCCGGAAGAAUGCUCUGGUGCACAGUGUUACGGUUGCCAACUGUAGUGCCCUGAUCUACGGCGAGGCGUUGGCUGAUGCGGUGGCUGAAAUAACCGAUACCCUACCAUCAUCGGUCGCUCUGUAUCAGGUGAAUGAGGCCGUGCAGCGACCGGUUCUUGCGAACGCCAAAGAUCUGGCUACCUUGAUGCAGUCCGCCUCGAAGGAAUUACCGACGAGUGGUAUCAAGAAACCGGACCAUCACGACAAGUUGAUCUACAUCUACACUUCCGGUACUACGGGACUUCCGAAGGCGGCCGUCAUUACACACUCGAGGUACAUCUUUAUCGCUGCCGCCAUUUCAAUCGUGGCCGGAUUCCGUUCAGAUGACACGUUCUACACACCGUUACCACUGUAUCAUACGGCGGGUGGCAUGAUGAGCAUCGGUCAGGCUCUGAUCUUCGGUGCAACCGUUGUGACGCGCAAGAAGUUCUCGGCCUCGCAGUUCUUCACCGACUGCCAGAAGUACAACUGCACGAUUGCACAGUACAUCGGUGAGAUGUGCCGUUACAUCCUAGCCACACCGGUUUCGGCGACCGACAAGGCGCACAAGGUACGGUUGAUAUUCGGUAAUGGACUUCGCCCCCAGAUAUGGCCACAGUUUGUGAGCCGGUUCAACAUACCACGGGUGGCCGAAUUCUACGGCGCUACUGAGGGCAAUGCUAACAUCGUGAACAUUGACAAUACGGUCGGUGCGAUCGGGUUCGUAUCGCGGAUUAUUCCGAUUGUGUAUCCGAUUUCGAUCAUCCGUGCUGAUCCGGCGACCGGGUACAGUGAACCGCUUCGGGGUAAGGACGGCCUGUGCCAGCUUUGCAAACCGGACGAACCCGGUCUGUUCAUUGGCAAGAUCAUCCCGAACAAUCCAUCGCGAGCGUUCCUCGGCUACGUCGACAAGGGUGCUACGGAGAAGAAGAUCGUGCGGGACAUCUUCCGGAAGGGAGACGCGGCGUUCCUGUCCGGUGAUCUGCUGGUGGCGGACGAGCGGGGUAAUCUGUUCUUCAAGGAUCGCACCGGUGACACGUUCCGAUGGAAGGGUGAAAACGUGUCCACUAGUGAGGUGGAAGCGGAGGUCAGUAAUGCGGUCGGAUACAGGGAUACCGUGGUGUACGGUGUCGAGGUACCGAAUUUAGAAGGACGUGCCGGUAUGGCGGCCAUCCUGGAUCCGGAGCGGCAGGUGGAUUUGGAAGUGCUGGCACGCACCAUCAAGGACACGCUUCCGUCCUAUGCCCGGCCACAGUUUGUGCGUUUGUUAUCGAAGGUCGACAUGACCGGUACGUUUAAGCUGAAGAAGCUCGAUCUACAGGAGGAAGGCUUCGAUCCGAGUGCGAUCGAGGAUUCGGUUUACUAUCUCACCUCGAAGGGACAGUACGAGCUGCUGACUCCGGAGAUUUACGAAAAGAUCAAGCGCGGUGAAGUGCGGCUGUAGGGAGUGAACAGGAUGGAUGCCUGGGCACGACUCGGCCAUUAUGUUAUUGUUCAUAUCAGGUCUUAUAUGAAGCUGAGUCGUAUGAGAAAUCGUGUGUUUAUGAACUGUUUACGCUCUUUUGUAUACUGAAGGCUGUUUUUCCUGUUUAAGAAAUACGAACGAGAACAUUUUCUACUAAAAGUUAUCUUGUACGUUAUACCUUUCUCUCUAACUGAAACAUUCCCUCGUUCUAUCUGCUCGACAAGGUGGCACGCAGGGCACGCAUAGAACCGUACCUUAGAACAAUGUAUCCGAUCGUAUCCUACCUGUACUGCAGGGUUCUGUACCGUAUUGUUAACAUUCGUACGCAAUGGCCACUUGAAGAAAUAGCUGGAGUAUUUUUAUCCGUGUAUUUUAGUGUGGCACGUGAACGCAACAACGAAUGGUAGCGCAGCUGAGGCGAGAAAGCAUGGGUUGAUAAAGGCUAAUUUGAUAAUAAAAUGAACAAAUCGUUGACUGGUGAAAACAAGCGCUGGAGUGACUUUUCAAGACAAUAUCCUACUUCUUCCAUCCCUCGCACUAGCGAGCCGUAGUGUUGCAUUUAAUACGCGAAGAUACUGAUUAGCUGAAUAAAUGAAUCAAGAGACAAGCGUUUGUUCAGAGUCCUUUGAUGAAUAGUUCUUCCAUCGAUUUCUUGCUAUCCUGUUAACAGAAUGUUGCAUACUUCUGAGCGAUUUCUCGAUAUCGUAGACAUCUCUAAGCAAUGGGAGGCUAUACAACCAGACCGAUAGUAACAACCACCAGCGGCGAUAGACUUUGGCCCCCACGAAGGCUGCACGCCAAGCUAUGCCCUUUAUGGCAGCUUAUCGUA